ACCGACCUUUUUCGGCGUUGCAUCAAGGCUGGAAAGAAGUAUUCUUCAUUGAAGUCUCGAUUUCAUACAAGUAAUUCAACCGAACCAUGGUACUCAGCGUCGUCAAAAACGUACAGGUGCGUAAACUUCUUAGUUUCUUUUUCAUUAUUGAUUGUAGAUGAAGCGCCUUGUACCUUUUACCACCUGUAUAAUCUCAUAUCAACAGCUUUUGCUUUUGUUCAACUUCGCUAGGCGGCCCUCAAAUACCGAGGAGGAUGGAAGGGACUUUUCCAAGCUAUGUACACGGUAAGUUCGAGAGUGAAAGAGAGACGGUGUGUCGUUGCACGCAAUCGGCCCAUAUGAUGUUGGCUUCGUGCCGUAUUGUUGUCAACGUUUUUAUUUCCCUGGUGUCUACCUUGAUGGUGAUAUCUCAACCCAUUUGUUCGUGUUGAUUUUUCCCUUUGUUGGGUGAAUAUUUUUAUGUAUCCCAUCCAAAGAAUGGUGAUUAUCCAUUCAAGUUUGGAACUUACAAGGGCUGUGAUGCCGCUGGAAAUCGCUAUUACGAAAACAAAGUCGACUACCCUUUCGGACAGCACCGAUGGGUCGAACCCGGUGAUAUUCACAACUUUGACUCUUGCCAAGUUCCCCCGGGAUGGCACGGGUGGCUCACAUCCAUGUACGACGCUACUCCCGAAGAAGAUGAGGAGUACAUCGAUGAGUUGAAAAAGAGAAUUCGACCAAGCGCACCCUCGGAUGCACCCUACGACCACAACAUUGGUUACCAGAACGAGCUUUUCAACUUUAAUCACAUGCAACAACAGACACAGAUCCGUUCCCGUGGAUACGGAAUCGGAAACUCGAUUGUUGGUCUCCCUGCAUUCAAGCCCGAGGCCUAUUACACACAACCAGGAUCCCCUUACAAUCCAGCCUUCCAGCGAAAGCUCGAAUACGAAGGGGAUUUGGACGAAGCCACCGGCGGAGGCCGACCUUACAAGAACGCAAUGUGGAAGGAGCGUCUAAUGACGGCAGAAGAAAAGAAGGCGAUGGAACCCGUCGACGACGCCGAGUUCGCUGCCGAAGCUACCAAACUCACUCCGAGGGAAGAAGCCAUCUUGGCCCGUGGAGGUACUCUUCCCACAAAAUAAAGCACCUGACCUAUGCCAUGAAGUGUAGCUGUUUGCGAUUCUACUAUUCAAAAACAAUUUGAGAGAUACAAUAUAAUCUAGUAUUCUUACUCAUAUGAUCGUAUUGCACUACCGUAAGAAAAAUAAUUAGAGACUAUGGAUCAAUUACAUUCCUGCAUAACUACUUUUUAUAUUAGUAAAAUCUCUACAUCUGAUCAAACACAACCAGCAGAGUUAGUUUGAUAACGGUGUUAUUUCGCCAGUGCAGGUGUCCUAGUUAGUAGCUUCACCCCCAUCUGCCAUCAUAUCUUCCUGCAUGUUAUGAACAAGCGUUCCAAGAACGGAGACGUCAUCGACUUCAUAGAUACGCUGCUUGUCCUCGAUGUCAUCAGUUGUCUUUCGUUCACAAGGAUAUGUCUCUCCCAUAACAAGGCACAAUUUGUUCCCCUUGUUAUUUUCUUCGAACUGGCAAAUCGACUUUUUCAGUUCGUGACACCGGGCAAAUACUGAUUGACGAUAAAAUACAUAUAACCCG